AGGAACAGGUUUCGCGGUUAAUCAUCAUUCCGAAGAAAUCUGUAUUAUUCUGAUUAACCUAAAAUGUUGAGUAAGUAUACAAUAUUAUGUCUCAGAUCUUGUUUGUGUUUAUUGCAAAUAUGAUACUAAAAGAAAACAAUUAAUUCUUUCCUUACUAAAUUUUGUAGCUUCGCAGGAUGGAAGUUGCAUUGAUGGAUGUUGUUUUAUUUCCAGGAAGCAACACAAUUCUCCUGUUUCUACCAAUGCUGUAAUAAGUUGAAUCAUUUGACAAAAUAAUUAAUGAAAUUAUACGGAUAAUUAAUCGUUUUCAUCAUUUCCUGGAUUUAUCUGAGAAAUCGCAAAAUGCGUACUUCAGUAAAUUUUACCGAAAUUUUUGUAAUAAUUCGAUAGUUGAAAUUUCCGAGUCCCGGAAAAAAAAUUUCCGAAAAUCUCGUUAAAGUUUGACAAGUUGUCAAAUGAUGAUUUUACAGAAUCUCGGUAUUUUGAUGUAUUACCGAGAUCUCAGCUGUUGAAAUCUCGGUAAUUCAUUUUACCGUACUCGGUGAUAUUAUCUAAGUGUGUAGCAGUUCCGUAGAAACCCUAGGGACGACUGUUACAACGUGGUCCAACAACCAACCGGAAGGUUCACAAAGUUCUAAAGAAAUCGGUAGACUUGCUUCAGCGGGAAAGCCAAGGUUUAAGUGUAAUGUUUCCGUUAUAAAAACAGUAAUGUGAUAUUUUUGCUUUAUUUUGCUCUCAGACUGAUCCGAGCAAUCCAGCGGUUGCGUUAUCGAUCGGGCAAGCAAGCCAACACAAUUAGAACGCUACGUCAAAGCUUGAAGCGUAUUAGAGUUGUUGAAUCCGGCGAUGCUGCAUCUAGGCUUUUCAACCCAGAGCUAGUAAUGCUACUUAACGGUGAUAUAAGUCGAGUUUGUAAGUGGUCUGACAAAACUAUAACCGAAAGUUUUGAAAUCCGUUUCGCAUGCGGUACCAGAGGAUACAACUUUCUACGUAAAAAGAAAGGUUAUCCGUUUCCUUCUAUACGAACCCAGCAAUUCUAUUUUCAAGGAGUACAUUUCGACAGCGGUAUUCUAACAGAGCGAAAAAUUGCUUGCAUGUCGGAAGACGAAAAAGAUUGUGGCUUGAUAUUAGAUGAAAUGUCGAUCGACCAAGUUUUGUCUUAUUGCAAUAACAACAAGAACCACUUCGGAAACAUCACUAUCGCUGGAGAGAUCGGAAAAGCAACUCACGCUUUGAUCUUCAUGUUGGUCGGUAUUCACAGUCGGUGGAAACAGGUAGUGGCAUACUACUUGACAGGGAGUUCCAUUCCUCAAGGAUUCCUUAAGGAUACUAGUGGCAAUAUCAUACGGAAAGCUGAAGCAAUCGGUCUAAGGGUUCAUUUCGAGACUUCGGACUGUGGACCCAACAACGUCAGAAUGUGGAACGAUUACGGGCUCAAGCACAGCAAGGGCAGUGUUCUGAACAGUUGUUCGGUGCAGCAUCCUGUGCGAACACAAGAGGCACUAGAAAUAUUACCAGAUGCGACACAUGUUUUCAAAAGUACUGUCCAGGGAUGGGUAAAAAAUCAUUAUAUUUACCUUCCUGAUGAAACGGUCACCGAGAAUGGCUUGACUAACAACGUAGCAAACAUAAGUCAUCUUCAGGAGCUUGUAGCGUUCGAGAAAGAGAAGGAACUCAAAAUGGCAUCGCGACAUCAAAGGAUGUGGAAUUUUCCAAAAUUUCUAGUUUAGAUGCUUUGAAAGUAUCCACAUCAUAUAAGCUGGGUAAUCAUAAUGUCGCGGCCGUGUUGCGUUUCAUGAGCGCCAAAAAGAACCGUCCGGACCUCUUAACCACAGCUUUUUCCAUCGAAACGGUAUGGCGUUGGUUCAAAUCAAUGACUUCUCGUUCUGUUCAACUCGCGCUUAGUUUAAAACAAAUUGAUGUGUAUAGAGAAUCUGUUGCUUUUGUGAAUUCCUACAGGACCUUUAUUUAUGAGUGUAAAGUUGGAGUUGAUAAGAAAUGGAAGCCAUGGCAGGCGGCAGCCAUACUUUGUACAAACUUCAUAUUACGACUGCAGCACUACUUUCUUUCUGUCAGCCACUACGGACGUUUUUACGGCCAGAUUCACGCAGGACUGCGUAGAAAAUAUAUUUUCUUUGAUAAGAUUCCGACAAAAAAAAACCUAUAGCUCUUCAAUUCAAAGAUAACCUGAAGCUGUUAUCGGUUUCCCAGUUCAUGUCGGAGAUUCCACACUCAUCCUACGAAAACGAUAACAGAGAGUGGUUGACCGAUUUCACUGCAUACUUACGACAGACUUCAACCGCAGGAAACAAGGAUACCACAAAACAACUGUCCGUUGACGAUAAUGACCAUUUGAUUACUGUGGAAUACCCAGCAGACAUUUUCGAUGAUACAGUUUUUGAUAACGCAGAACGGAAUCUUAUAUAUCACAUCGGCGGAUAUAUCCUGAGAAGCGUAGCGAAGAACUAUGCUUUGUGUGAAUCUUGCUUCUCUCCGUGCAUAUCAAGUUCACCUACCCUAACAUGGUACUUGAAGUUUACAACGCUGAAGGAUUUUACAGGAGAUGCAUUAAUUUAUAUUACAGAGCAUGUAUACAUGUUCUUCGUUGCGUUAGAAAGAAUAUUACGUGACCAUGUACCAGAAGCCAUAUCAUCCAAUGAAAAUAUCGAAGCUAAAUUGGGUGAUAUGAUGAAAACUCUUAGUUUAAACGUUUUUGAAAGUUGCCACGACAUCCAGAGAAAAUUAAUUGAACGAUUUGUUACGUAUAGACUGAGAAUUCACGAGCCACGCAAAACCCGAGCUAAUAAGUUUGACAGCCGUUUUAUGGCAGCAUAGCUUAUGUCGUAGUUUCUUGCGUAUAAAACAUAAAAAAAUGAAAUUGAGGCAAAUAAACUGUUAUUUUUUCGUACUUUUGUCUAAUUGUUACCAGGAAACGAUUCAAUCAAAUAAACAAUAUGAGAAAAAAAAUCAAUUUAUGAAAAACUUUUUUUUUAAUGAUUACAAUACUUUUUUCAAAAAAACCUAGCGAACAGCAAUGUUUGUUUACUUCGCUCGUUAGGUACAGCGUUCGACGGUUCGUUUGGUUUUUCUGGUUUCAGACUCUGCGUCACUCUAUCUAUUCGCCUUGACAGAGGUACGGUGGAGACAUCUACGAUUAGUUUGUAUCUGAGUGCAAAAGUAUAAACAAAGGCAACUGCUUUCAGGUGUUUUUUCGAGUGAAAAAAAAAACAUUAUUCGAGAGUAGUUAACACAACAAAAUUAGUGAAAAACAUCGAUAAUUCAUUAGUGAAUCUUUUCUCCAUUUGAGUUUGUUUUUUAAAGUGUUUUUCGUACCACAUUAUUACUUUCAAAAGUGCAGUUUUUUUUGUAAACAUUGAGACAAGUAAGUUUCAACUAACUUAAUGUGAAGAAUUAAAUAAAAUUAUCAUUUUUUUUUUUUUUUCUUCACAUAACAUUUAUUUGACACGGCACAAAUACAAUUUAAUGUUUAACGGCGCCAAUUAUAUCUGAUGACUUAAAAACUAAAGCAAAUUUUUUAUCCUCGCUGCCGACUACGAGCUGAAAUUAAGUCUAACUUAAAACUAGCAUGGGAUUUCCAAUCAGUGUUUUGUUGUUCAAUGGUCGUCUGAUAAUCGUCGAAUGGCAUGUAUGGAUUCGUUCUGCUGAGCCACGAUGUCGUGAGUUGGGACAGAGGCUCGUAGUCCUUGGGUCCUGGUUCUGUUGUGCGGGGUCUGGUUGCUGGUUUUGUGCUUAAGGUUCAAACGUGUUCUUGUCGUUUUGUUGGGUGUAGACGGAGGGGAACGGGACUAGACUGGGGCGUGGAUGGAUUUCAGGAAAACGUAUAUAAGGGACAUG